CAUUAAAAACCUUAGUUCUUAGACUCAACGUUCUUAGUUGCUCCCUGGGUCUGGCCACAAUCAUUUCAACAAGCAAGCUCUCGGUACCCUUGUAACUGCGAAAUUUAAGAAAAUGAGGUUACCGGCCAUUUUGGUGUUGGGCCUGUUUGUGGUCUUCGCCUCCGGAGCCCCAGUCGAGGAAGUUGUCGUCCCUCAAGUCCCCGUUCCAGCCGCGCCCGUCGUACCAGUCGUCGUAGCGGAGAAGGAAGCCGUCGUCGUUCCAGACGUCGAAGUCGCCACCGUUGUUGUUCCUGUGGCAGAGGUUGAGUCUUCUGCAGAAGUUACCACGAUCCAACCGGAAGUUUCAGAUAGGGAAGGACGAGCUUCUGAUGACGAGGAUGAAGACGAGGAAGACGAUACCGAAGAUGCCGCUGAUGACGAUGACGAGGAGAAUGAUGAAGAAGCCAACGACAGUCAGGAGGAGGAAGAACGUGGCGAUAUCCCAAAGUCCAAGAAGACCGCCAAAUCCGCCGUCAAGAAAGCCAAGCCAGUUCCCUCCAUAGGAGAGGGAGGCGUUGAGGAUGACGAGGCUGAAGACUUGGGCGUCAAUGUGGAGGGAGGUUCGGCCAAGUCGGAUGAAAAGUCAUCCAACGAGGCUGAUUCUGAUGAAGAAACUCCAAAGAAGAAGGACGAUGCUGAACAAGACGACAAAAGUGAUGAGGAUGAGAGCAAGGAGGACGACGAGUCGCAAGAAGGUCGCGAUGGCUCAGAAUCCAAGGGAUUGGAAGCUGAACCCCAGUCCAGUGAGAAGAACGAACAGGAAGAAUCUCAAACUAGCCCAACGUCUCAAAAUGAGGUUGAGCAACCCCUUGCUGUCGCUGUCGUCGGAAACGAAGAACCAGUCGCAGUUGAGCCAGUUAUCGUCGAGAGUGCUCCAGCCACCCCCGUUGCUUCCGAGUCGGCCGAGGACAAGGAGAAGAAGCCGACCAAGGACCGCAAGAACAAACCAAAGGCUGACGAUGAGGAAGAAUCCGACGAAGAGAAUGAUGACGAUGACGACGGAGAGGAUGACACCGACGAUGACGAUAACAACAAAGCCCGAUCCAAUAUCAAGCCGGAAAGUCAAGCUCGAGAAAUUUAUGUUGAGAAACCAAAUGUGUUGUACUACUACCCUUAUCCAGAAAGUCAGUAAACUAUCAUCAUCCUGGGAACUGGUCGAAUUGUUCAUUACUAAACAAGGGAUUUUUAGGUAAAAUAUUGGAAAAUUAUAGCCACAAAUUGUACUCUGAAGCUGAUUACCUUAGUUCUUGGCUACAUUUCGGUGUAGUAUAAUUUAUUCAAAACAUAUUUAUUUUUGAAAUCAAACGCAGAAAGACUUUUGUAAUAAAUUAACAAAUUUAUAUACA